UCAGUGGUCCCCCCUGUACUAAGCUGUACAGAAGGAGAACAGCAGUGGCACAAGCCCAGAACUUUAGGUAUAAAACCUGGCCCCGUGGACAAGAUGACUGUGCUGUCUGCUAAACCGAAGAGUGGAGCAACAACAGAGGGUGUAAGGAGCACACUCUACAAAGGCCUUAGUGGGGAUUUGCAGGACCUUUCUGUCCUUAGAGUUUCCGAGGUGUAUGAAGAUUUUGCAGCAGCUGAUGCACCAAUGAUCUGCAGCAUGGGAAUCAGCCAUGAAUUUCCCCUUGUUGACUCUGCCCUUGGCAAAGUUCAGGCUGGAAGUCCUCUGUCCUACCAACAGCCAGCAACAGCAAAGAGAGACAUGUCCUUCCAUGCUGCACCACCCCGCCCAUCUCUGCCUCUUAAGAACUACCACCUACAGCCAUCAAAAAGCAUGUUUGUUUGUUCUGAACCACAACAGCUACACCUUAAAAGUAUGGAGGUCACCUGGGACAUGGUGAAUAAAUUUGAAUGUGCUACCAGAGCACAGAGUACAUGUCCUGAAUGGCAUCAGCUAAGGAGGCAUAGGUUGACUGCCUCCCGCUUCAGGGAGAUCUGCCAGGUUCGAGAUAAAUCUGAGGAAGAUCUGGCAAAUCGUCUGCUGCAAGGGACCUAUCAGACUGCAGCUAUGAAGAGAGGGCUUGAAUUAGAGGCAGAUGCUAUCUGGGAAUAUUGUCAAAUUAAAAGAGUCAACCACUAUCCCUGUGGAUUUGUGAUUCACCCUGAUGCUCCUUGGCUAGGGGCAUCUCCAGACGGAUUGAUCUUUGAUCCUUCUGAGCCAUGUCAGUUCGGGCUGAUUGAGAUUAAGUGUCCAAAUGUGAAAAGUUAUGUUGACUGUCCAUAUCUCCAAAUGAAGUCAGGCAAAUUGGAACUAAAAAAAACUCAUGCUUACUAUUGGCAGGUUCAGGGGCAGAUGCUAAUAACUGGGAUGAACUGGUGUGAUUUUGUUGUCUCAGCUGAGGAAGAUAUUCUUAUUCAAAGAAUUUAUGCAGACACUAAUGUGAUGGAUUCAAUCAAACACAAAGUAGACAGAUAUUUUUUCUAUGUUUACCUGCAGAAAUGUCUAAAUUAGGAGUUUGAUCAAAUCAAAUGUACAAAUUUGUUUCAAAAUAUUUCCAUCAUGAAUAUCUAUUUACAAAUGUAAGACAAUGUCAAUGUAAGUAAAUGACAGCAUUUUCUGUUUCUUCAA